GCGCGGGGGGCGUGCCCGCGGCCCGGCGUCAGCAGUCGGUAGGGGAGCGGCGGGGUAGCGAGGCGUGUUCCGCGGCGGCGGCGGCGGAGGCAGCAGCAGCAGCAGCUUGGGGCCCUCGGGCGCCUGCGGGGAGCGAGGGGCGGGCGGCAGGCGGCGGCGCGUGUCCAGGGCGGGACGCCCGGAGCGGCGGCGGCGCGAGGGAACGAUGGCGGAGUCCUCGGACAAGCUCUACCGGGUGGAAUACGCCAAGAGCGGGCGCGCGUCCUGCAAGAAAUGCAGCGAGAGCAUCCCCAAGGACUCGCUGCGCAUGGCCAUCAUGGUGCAGUCGCCUAUGUUUGAUGGAAAAGUCCCACACUGGUACCACUUCUCCUGCUUCUGGAAGGUCGGGCACUCCAUCCGACACCCCGACGUAGAGGUGGACGGCUUCUCUGAGCUCAGGUGGGACGACCAGCAGAAAGUCAAGAAGACCGCAGAGGCUGGAGGUGUGACAGGCAAGGGCCAGGAUGGAGGUGGAGGCAAGAUGGACAAGACGCUGGCUGACUUUGCAGCCGAGUACGCCAAGUCCAACAGAAGCACGUGCAAGGGCUGCAUGGAGAAGAUUGAGAAGGGCCAGAUCCGCCUAUCUAAGAAGAUGCUGGACCCAGAGAAGCCCCAGCUGGGCAUGAUCGACCGCUGGUACCACCCAGACUGCUUUGUGAGAAAUAGGGAGGAGCUGGGCUUCCGGGCUGAGUACAGCGCUAGCCAGCUCAAGGGCUUCAGCCUCCUGGCAGCAGAGGAUAAGGAAACCCUGAAGAAGCAGCUCCCAGGAGUCAAGAGUGAAGGAAAGAGGAAAGGCGACGAGGUAGACGGGAUGGAUGAAGUGGCCAAGAAGAAAUCUAAAAAAGAAAAGGACAGGGAUAGUAGGCUUGAGAAGGCCCUCAAGGCCCAGAACGAGCUGAUCUGGAGCAUCAAGGAUGAGCUAAAGAAAGUGUGUUCGACAAACGACCUGAAGGAGCUGCUUAUCUUCAACAAGCAGCAAGUGCCCUCUGGGGAGUCAGCGAUCUUGGACCGCGUGGCAGAUGGCAUGGUGUUCGGUGCCCUCCUUCCCUGCGAGGAGUGCUCCGGCCAGCUGGUCUUCAAGAGCGAUGCCUACUACUGUACAGGCGACGUCACCGCCUGGACCAAGUGCAUGGUCAAGACCCAGACCCCCAGCCGGAAGGACUGGGUGACCCCUAAGGAAUUCCGAGAAAUUUCUUACCUCAAAAAAUUGAAGAUCAAAAAGCAGGACCGAAUAUUUCCCCCUGAGACCAGUGCCCCAGUGGUGGCGGCCCCGCCCUCCACAGCCUCGGCGCCUGCUGGUGUGAACAGCUCCACUCCGCCAGAUAAGCCAUUGUCCAACAUGAAGAUCCUGACUCUCGGGAAACUCUCACGGAACAAGGAUGAGGUGAAGGCCAUGAUCGAGAAACUCGGCGGGAAAUUGACGGGCACGGCCAACAAGGCCUCCUUGUGCAUCAGUACCAAAAAGGAGGUGGACAAGAUGAGCAGGAAGAUGGAGGAGGUGCGCGAGGCCGGCAUCCGCGUGGUGUCUGAGGACUUCCUCCACGACGUGUCCAGUUCCGCCAAGAGCCUUCCAGACUUGCUCUCGGCCCACCUCCUGGCACCCUGGGGCGCUGAGGUGAAGGCUGAGCCAGAAGAGCCUGCAGCCCCAAGAGCAAAGUCAGGGUCUGCGCUCUCUAAGAAGAGCAAGGGCCCCGUCAAGGAGGAAGGCAUCAACAAAUCUGAGAAGAGAAUGAAAUUAACUCUUAAAGGUGGAGCCGCUGUGGAUCCGGACUCUGGUCUGGAACAUUCCGCGCACGUCCUGGAGAAAGGAGGGAAGGUGUUCAGUGCCACCCUUGGCCUGGUGGACAUCGUGAAGGGGACCAACUCUUACUACAAGCUGCAGCUCCUGGAGGAUGACAGAGAAAGCCGCUACUGGAUCUUCAGGUCAUGGGGCCGCGUGGGCACCGUCAUCGGCAGCAAUAAACUAGAACAGGUGCCGUCCAAAGAGGAUGCCAUCGAGCACUUCAUGAAGCUGUAUGAAGAGAAAACUGGGAAUGCCUGGCACUCCAAGAACUUCACAAAGUAUCCCAAAAAGUUCUACCCUCUGGAGAUCGACUACGGCCAGGAUGAAGAUGCGGUCAAGAAGCUGACAGUGAACCCCGGCACCAAGUCCAAGCUUCCCAAGCCGGUGCAGGAGCUCAUUAAGAUGAUCUUCGACGUGGAGAGCAUGAAGAAAGCCAUGGUGGAAUACGAGAUUGACCUUCAGAAGAUGCCCUUGGGGAAGCUGAGCAAGAGGCAGAUCCAGGCGGCCUACACCAUUCUUAGCGAGGUGCAGCAGGCGGUGUCCCAGGGCAGCAGUGACUCUCAGAUCCUGGAUCUCUCAAAUCGCUUCUACACCCUAAUUCCCCAUGACUUUGGGAUGAAGAAGCCCCCGCUGCUGAACAACGCGGACUGUGUGCAGGCCAAGGUGGAAAUGCUAGACAACUUGCUGGACAUUGAGGUGGCCUACAGUCUGCUCAGGGGAGGCUCUGAUGACAGCAGCAAGGACCCUAUCGAUGUCAACUAUGAGAAGCUCAAGACUGACAUUAAGGUGGUGGACAGAGACUCAGAAGAAGCAGAGACCAUCAGGAAAUAUGUUAAGAACACUCACGCGACCACGCACAACGCGUAUGACUUGGAAGUUGUUGAUAUCUUCCGGAUCGAGCGCGAAGGCGAGAGCCAGCGUUACAAGCCAUUCCGGCAGCUGCAUAACCGCAGGCUCCUAUGGCACGGCUCCCGGGCCACCAACUUCGCCGGCAUCCUGUCCCAGGGCCUCCGGAUAGCCCCGCCUGAGGCGCCCGUGACAGGUUACAUGUUCGGUAAAGGGAUCUAUUUCGCCGACAUGGUCUCCAAGAGCGCCAACUACUGCCACGCGUCCCAGGCGGACCCUGUGGGCCUGAUCCUACUGGGAGAGGUCGCCCUCGGAAACAUGUACGAACUCAAGCACGCUUCACACAUCAGCAAGCUGCCCAAGGGCAAGCACAGUGUCAAAGGUUUGGGCAAGACAACCCCUGACCCUUCUGCCAGCAUCACAAUGGACGGUGUGGAGGUGCCCCUGGGGACGGGGGUUUCCUCUGGCGUGAACGACACCUGCCUGCUGUAUAACGAGUAUAUCGUCUAUGACAUUGCUCAGGUGAACCUGAAAUACCUGCUGAAGCUCAGGUUCAACUUCAAGACGUCCCUGUGGUGAGCUCGGGCGCAUGGCUGACCUUGCGCCCGGGGACAGGGAUGGAGGUGCCAGCGCUCACGCCCCUAGACCCGGCAGAGGCUGCCACCGCGUCUCAGGAAAGCUCCUCUGCGAAUGUUUGCUCACGUGUUAGAUGAUUUUUCCCCAGCUUUCCGGGGGGUGGGGGAGGGGGUCCUCCAGCGGCCAGCACCCUGAUGGGGAAGACUGACAAUAGAGGAGAUGUGGGGGGUGUCUAGACUAGUCCUGCGGGAGGAGCGCCUGCCUUACUCACCGGCUCCCCCAGUGAAGGGAGAAAUCACUCCCCCCCUCUUUCUAAGUGUUCACCUGUAGUUUGGGUUUGGGAAAAAUGUUAAGCAUUUAUUUUGAGGUAAAAAUAAAAACUAAUUUCAUACUA